AUGACGUCACAUUUACGCGACCGCUUGGAAACGAUUCUGUUCACAGAUCUGUGGUGAAGUAUGUGACUUAAAGCGUUUCCAAAAGAUAUGUAACCAACGUUUUCCUUUUUUCGUUUAUUUAGGUUUCGUUAAUAUCGUUGUGGUGAAUGUGGGCAGAAAAUGUUUAUGCCGCGAUCGCUGAAGGUCAAGAGAGCCCCAGAGUCCCAGCAGCAGCAGCAGCAGCACCCCAAGAGAAGCAAAGCGACAUCCGAAGACACUGUUUCUACGUCUCCACCUGAUACCUGUCCUCCAGAUGAGACUGUACAUAUAGAAAAAGAGGAGGAACCCCAUCAGAUAGAGACUGAAGAAGCAGAUGAAGAGGAGGAACCAGUGAAGUCCUUCAAGAAGAACCAGAGAUGGCCAGAGCCAGGAGAGCCCGUGUGUGUCAUGUGCGGUCGAUAUGGAGAAUACAUCUGCGAUAAAACAGACAACGAUGUCUGCAGCCUGGAGUGUAAAGCUAGUCAUCUGGCUAAAAUGUGCUUGGAUUUCGGAGGGAAGGUGUUUUCUAUAGAUCUACAGGAGGGUUCAGAGAGCUCUAGUGCAGCAGACACUGAGCUCAGUUACUCUUACAAGGAGGAUGCGUUCAUAUCUGAACUGACUGAGGAGCAGGUUGAGAGGGUUAAAACCGAGCUGGCGAUAGUGACUGCUGGCACUGAGGUCUGUAGACCCAUUAUAGAGUUUGAACACUGUAACUUUCCCACAGCGCUCAGGCUCAACCUGAAGAAAGCCGGGUAUGAGGCUCCCACUCCCAUCCAGAUGCAGAUGCUGCCUGUUGGUUUGAAUGGCAGAGAUGUGAUUGCCUCUGCAGAUACAGGCUCUGGAAAGACAGUUGCCUUCCUUCUUCCAGUGGUCAUGCAUGCUCUCCAGGUAAAUAUUGGGCUGUGUACUGAUUAACGUACUGAUGUACUGAUUACUGUACUGAAUAUCUUAAGUAGUGCUACAUGAAAAAGAAAAAAGCUUACCAAAACAAAGUUACUGGUGUUGUUAUAUAUAUAUAUAUAUUAAUUCUUAAAAACUCCAAAGGCGGAUACCAUGCUGAAGAUGGGAUUCCAGCAACAGGUUCUUGAAAUUUUGGAGCAGGUCCCUGAAGAGCAUCAGACGCUGUUGACGUCAGCCACCAUUCCCAAAGGAACAGAACAGCUAGCGGCUCGUCUCACCCGCGAGCCUGUGAGCAUUACCAUCGGUCAGAAGAACCAACCCUGCGCCAACGUCCGUCAGAUCGUCCUCUGGGUGGAAGAGCCGUCAAAGAAAAAGAAGCUCUUUGAGAUUUUAAAUGACAGAAAGCUGUACCAGCCACCGGUAGUUGUGUUUGUGGACUGCAAACUUGGGGCCGAUUUGCUGUGUGAAGCUGUGCAAAAGGUCAUGGGAUUAAACACAGUCGCUAUUCACUCAGACAAGAUGCAGUGGGAACGCAACAAAAUUGUAAAGGGUCUACUUGAGGGCCAGUUUGAAGUGGUGGUCAGCACUGGGAUUCUCGGUAGAGGACUGGACCUGGUCAAUGUUAAGCUUGUAGUGAACUUUGACAUGCCAGCUAACAUGGAUGAAUAUGUUCAUCAGAUUGGUCGAGCAGGUCGACUGGGCCACAGAGGCACCGCCAUCACCUUCAUGAAUAACAACAACAAGCGGCUGUUUCUGGACAUUGUGAACAGAGUGAAACCCACGGGCUCCAUCCUGCCGCCACAGCUCCUCAACUCCCCACAUCUGCACGAACAGCAGAGGAGAGCCACACAGAGGAGCAGCCGUGGAGAAGACGUCCUCGUAUCCAAGAGCAACCUCAUCGACAUCAUCAGGAAGCAUGACAAAAGAUCUGCCAAGAAAUAACAAGCAAAUAUAUGUAUUGCUAAAUGUUUUGUUGCUGCUUUUGUAAUUUGUAUUUUCAAUAAAUGCUACAAGUGAAUGAAAAAAACGUCCCUUCUGAUUGUCUCCAGUAUAAUUACACACACAAUAAUAAUGUCA